AUGUCAGCAGCCAUCCAUGCCUACAGACACCUUCUGCGUGCUGCGCGCAUUGCCUUCGACGGUGACACGAGGGUUCUUGAAGCCGCAAGGCAGCAGAUCCGGCAAGGGUUUCGGGAAAAGGCUUCGCUGCCAGCAGAUGACCCGUCCAUCGGCCCCGCUAUCCAGCAUGCCGAAGAGGUUGCCCAGUUCCUGAAGACCAACCUCGUCCAGGGCCGCAAGGAGGGUGACGUCUACAAGCUUCGAAUCCACGAGCACACCGAACGCGGUGACAACGACAGCGUCAAGAAGCCCAAGAACAACUCCAAAACGGACCCAAACUUCAAGUGCUGCUCCGAGAGGUAG